CUCGACUACUGUGAAUGCGCCAGUUACAGUUAGUGCAAUGCAGGCAGUGCGAUUAGAAGGGGGUUAUGUAAGGAACCAGAAAUUUUACGUUACAUCAUGCGACGUGUUGAACGUUCAGUUUGACAUUUCGACAGUCUGAGACAGGAUGUCAAUGAAGAAGGAGACGCCGUCCGACGUGCAGCUUCACCUGGCGGCUAUCCAGGGUGACGUACAGCUCUUGGGGCGCGUUCUGGACAGCGGCAAGGUGCACGUCGACAGCAGGGACAAGGAUGGCAUGACGCCCCUCAUCCUCGCAGCUGCCAGUGGCCAUGUGGACUGUGUGGUGGAACUGCUGGAUCAGGGGGCUGACCCCAAGGCCAGGAGAGUAACAGGUACCACUGCACUGUUCUUUGCUGCUCAGGGUGGCUUCCUUGACAUUGUUCAAAUCCUGCUGGACAGAGGUGCGCCUGUGGAUUCAUCAAGUAUGGACGGCGGAACUCCGCUGUUUGUGGCCUGCCAGUGUGGUCACAUGGACGUGGUCAAGGAGCUUGUCGCUCGAGGAGCGAAAGUCAACAGUCACAUGAAGGAUCGUGCCACCCCAUUGUUCAUUGCAUCGCAGAAUGGCCAUUUCAAAAUACUUUUGUUGCUGCUGGCCCACGGAGCAGUUCCAGACUCAAGGCGCACGGAUGGUGCCACUCCACUGUGGAUUGCAGCGCAGAUGGGACAUGAUCAUGUGGUGAGGCAACUGCUCAAGGUUGGCGCUAGUGUUGAUGCUUAUCGCUAUGAUGGUGCCACAGCACUGUUCAAAGCCUCACACAAAGGACACUCCAGUGUUGUAGAAGAAUUACUGAAGUACCAGCCAUCUCUUGGACUUCUGCCUAAUGGGGAAAGUGCUCUGCAUGCAGCGGCCCUGUUUGGCCAUGUUCCGAUAGUGAAACGGCUGAUAUCUGCUGGAGCAGACCUGAUGCUAAGAAAUCAAGAUGGAGUCACGCCGAUGCAAGUUGCCCAAGAAGCCAAGCAGUAUGCAGUUGUUGAGUACCUGUCCAGCUUAUUGGUGGAACGAGUUAAUGGGACACCCCAUAAACCAUCGUAGUUGGGUCUGACGUUGUGCUAAAGGUGGUGGGAAUUCUUAAGUUAACAACAUUCAGAAUGCAAAAUGCCAAUAUGAAGUCAGUAAUGACCAUUCAUAGAAUCGGUGUAUGUUGUACUGACAAAGCUGCCACACUUCAUAUGGGAAAAACUGAAUUACCAAACCACAGAAUCAGAGACAUUAGCAUGUACGAUGAGGCAAUUAAUUAGUGUCCAGUGAAAUUAAGUUGGUCACAGUGAUCGCACCGUCUGAGGCGUGGGCCUCGUGCUCUUGGACACUGGGAUUUGUGGGUUCAAAUCACACUCAAGGCACGGAUGUUUGUCAGUGUCUUUCUGUGUUGUGAUGUCCUGUGUGCAGGUAAAGGCCUUGUGACAGGCCGAUCGCUUGUCCAAGGAGUCCUACCAAAUGUCUAACUCAGUGGUCCCCAACGCGGUGCCCCCGGGCACCAUGGCUCCCACCAAGGGUUUUUUGGGUGCCCGCAUUGCUACGGAAAGAGGUUA